AUGGACGAAAAGGAUGAUGAUGAUGAUGAUGAUGAUGGUGGUGGUGGUGGUGGUGGUGGUGGUGGUGGUGGUGGUGGUGCGCAAUCGUUUUUCUGAUCUCCAAGACAGUUAUCCGCUGUCUUGAGUCUGAAAUUGCUACUAUAGCUUUUAACCCGUAGAAGAAUCAACGACCAACCGUAACCUCUCAUGCGUAUUAUGUUACUGGACACAUUUGCUUCGAGGGAAAUUACAUCUCAGAUCAUAAUACUUUAUUUCCUUUAUCACAAGAACUGAUUGGGAAAAUUUUAAACCAGUAAAUUUUGAAUCCUGUAGUUUUUGUGUCCUUUUCAACGCGUCUUUCGGUUGAUCUCUUGAUGAGUCGAAUUUCCUUAUAAUCUUUACAAUGUUAUCAUUUUCUCACUAAAGUUAAGGUAUGCGCUUUGUCUUAGUAUAGGCCUCCUCACGUGAGCAUUUACAGCCACACAGGCUAUACUGUACUUUCUCAUUGUAACGACUAUCGGUUCUAAAAACACUGAACUGCAUAAUUAUCAGAGUAAGGAAACUAUAGCAAUUUAUUCUAAGGAAAAGUGGCAACCGGAGAUAACAAUUCCGGCCCGACAACUAUUGGGUCUUUAGAGAAUUUGCCGAUCCAAAGAUGUAGGUGAGAUAUCUCAUAGUUGUGAAUGAUAGACUGACUGGAAAACUCUACCACUAGGAGUAAUAAAAUUGAUGAUGCGCCCAGCAAAUUUCAGGGGAUCGUAGCUCAAUUCGGUCUGAGUUUUCUAGAUUACGCCGUAGUCAGCUGUUCUCUUCUCGGACGCUGAUCUGGUUUUGCUCCAAACUGUUUAAACUUGCUUUUGUGCAACCGUCCGCAAGCAACCAGAACAGAGACCCCACGUACCAUAAAAGCAAAUCGAAAGUCUAGUAAAGAUCUUCGAGCGCAGCGCAUUAUCGUCUUAAACCUACUGAACGCCGAGUUCUCAUCUACCACAAGUAUAACAAGGCAGUUUAGGGAAAAAAUCACGAGUGCAUAAAGAUCCUCCCUCAUGUCAUGUUUAUGCAGUCGAUUCAUUGCAGUAGCAAAUACACUUCACGCAACGAAUCUCAAUUUGGCAGAUUUCCAUUUUUUGGAAAUUGCGUAAUUUUCAUUUCGCGAUCGACUGUCACCCAGUUCAUCAGACUGAAUUUACAGUUUGUGAAGCGGAUGUUUCCCUUCGAAUUUCUGUACGAAGGCGUAUUUGGAUUUAUUCUGAAAGUUACUGUUGGGAAAGGUGAUAUUGUUUAAGUAGGUAGGAUCACUUGUCGUAAGAUGGGCGCAAAAACACCUAGCAGGGAUUACUUAGGUUUACAAUCUCCCUUUACUGUUAAAGGCAGGCUAAACGUUGUCAGAAAACUUCGACAACCUCCUGGUCCUGUAUUUCGUUAACUUACUUAGUCUAGCUAUUAACGCCGACUUUAAGGAUCGACAUACUGGUUGUUCUACAGGUUUUCAUAGUUACUUAUUAUUUGCAAGGACAUCCAAGAGCCCCGAUAAAACCGGAAAAAAUGGGUGAUGUUGUGAGGGUGUGGUUGUAACACUUAUGCCUCUAUAUUUCAAUAAUUACAGUUCAUUAUAUGUAAGGGAGAUAGGCAGUCUUUUAAGCCCUCUUAUUGGCAUACGCUGAAAAAACGUGCGUAUGUAUGCAUGGCUAAAUUUGUACAAUACGCCAGCGCUCAUUAAUUAAAUAAAUGGCCAUCAAGUAAAAUGUUAUCAAGUCUUAUUUCAAAUGUCCGAACGCAUUCCGUCAGAACAACCGAAUCAAGUAGUUUGUCUCCUUCUCCAAUCAGCCGAUGGGAGAAGAUGGUGUACUUUGUCUUCAGUUUGUAUCGGUAGCCCUGGAGACUUGUCAUUUUUUCAAACUGAAGUGCACAGUCUACUCCUGUGACAAGUUUGAAGUCCAUGAUCAUAACCCCAUUUCAUUGCCUUUAAGUGAGGGGAAAAGCUUUGAGCCUUCCUAUUCGUUCCUUAAAAGGCAGGCACUUCAGGCCGCCUAGAUUGGUUGCACUUCGUUGAACGUUCACUAAAGAGUGUGGCCUGACUUCAUCCAGCUGCACCAUGUGUUCGCGCCAUAUUGUAACGUCGGCCGGACAAAUGUCCCAAACACGCAACCAAAAAGCUCUUCUUCAGAGUGAAGAAGGCAUCUCCUCAUCACUCUCAGAGUACCCAUAGCCUUUUUGCUACCUUGGAGCAGUGAGACUAGUUGGUGACCUCCGAUGUAGUAUUAAUAUUCAAAUCUCAUCGUCUUUUUGUAACUGGACCGUAAUCGGGUGGCUUGACAUUUCCUGAAAUGAAGGUUAAGAAUCCGCCUGUUACAUCACCGUUGCGAUAGACCCGAGUUGUUCUGUAAGUCCAGGGCAUCCUCUGACGCAGUUUAGAUAUUAGCCGUACGUGUGGAAUCCCCACAAAGGCCUUACUGAAGUCACUGUACACCGUAUAUAAAUAUCUGCUUAUUGCGGAAUGGGGACUGACUUUUCCUAAUAUCGUCGUGGCAGUUGGGGUCAGUCUGUCAUGGAGACAGUCGCAAAAGGGUGAGCACACUACGCACUAUUUGUGACAGAUAACUCUGAACCGCUAAUUUUGUCCUUCUUGCCUUUGUCGAUUAGGCUUCUCGAUUGCCGACUAUGCUUUGUAAACUGUCCGGUUUCGUGUCCAGCUCUUGUUUUUAUUUAGCAAUGCAUACUAACCGGUGUUCAAUCAAUAUUGUUGUCAAAAUCGAAAGGGAUUGUGGCUGUCACUUAUCCACAUUAAAAUAGGAACACGGGAAUAUGCAAUGCACUAUUAAAUAACUGAAAAAUUGCUCAAAUGGAAUACCCAGAAUUGUACUGCGAGCAUCGUUUUCUGCAGAGAGCCAGCAAGGCGCUCGUCUGAAGACAUGUUUUUGAGUAGGACGUGCGAGUGCCAAAGGGACAAUUUCUUGAAUUUGGUUUUUUUGAUACACAGUAGAUGGUAACGAUAAACCCAACUUUCUGUUCUUGUACGUCAAAAAUUACUGCGUAAUGCCUGCGUUGGAUUAUUCGUUGCUUUAAGAACUUCACACGCUAAGCCGAAGGAGCUUAAUACCUCACUAGAAUAGUUCAACCAGACGAGGACAGAUUUAUGUGUCCUCGAGCAAGGCAUCGUGUUCGCCAGCAAUACCAAUGAGAAUUGAAAGUUGACGGCCAGACCAUCGUGCUGAGUAUGUGCAGGUCAGGAACUCUAUCCUACUUCAAUAACUGUCAGAAGCUCAUUGACCCUGUCGUUAGAAAAACUUCUUGAGAAGAAAUAUUUUUCUGAGCUCUACUUGACAUGUAUUUUUACCUGAAAGAUCCCGCAAAACUUAUCCCUAAGCCUUCCCUAGUUUAAUCACUUCUCUGCGUAAUGAACAGCAGUCAGUGGUAGUUAUCCACUUUGAUCUAAGUGAAGCCUUCGACACGUGCCACCGAAAGGUCUUUUAGUAAAACUGAAAAACUUAUACAACCACACUCAGAAAGUCAUGGUUGGUAAUGGCUACCCGGAGCCUCACCCAAUCAUGAGUUACAUACUUCAAGGCACCUUUCUGAGCCCACUGCUCUCCAUUCUUUACGUCAAUGAUAUUCUUACAGUGAUCGAAAAUUCACAAGCUUCGCUUCGUCUGGAGAUUUUAUGCGUGUUUUUCUAUAUUCAAAGGGCAAUGCAGCUGUUUGCUUUGGAAAAUCAAUUCCAAUCUACCCUGUUCCUGGAAAUGAAGUUCAACUUGACAGAUGGCAUUUUCCUCGUCCGUGUAGUUUCGCGUAUUUUGGCCCCAUAAUCCAUCAAAAUAACUCCCUCUCAGGAUGCCUUGCAAAGGACCUAUUCCUAAAUUGCACAAAUAAACUUACUUUAUUACAUCAUGCAGACCAAAUUUCAGCAAAGACUGCGGCGAUAUGUGGGCUAAGACUCAAUAACCCUUUUCUUCCAGAAAUGGAUACGGUUUAUUGGAUGCUUGUAAUUCUCGCCCUCGAGUAUUGCUGUCCUUUUUGAUUUAGUGAAUGCCUGCGACCAUAGUAAAAUCGAAAACGUUCAGAGUUUUCCUUGAAGUCUAGUCCUCCAUGCUGGAUCCAGUAUUUCCUAUGCUGAGAGAUGUCAGUUGGCGAAAAUCAAGUUUAUAUGGGUUGGAAGACCUGGAGCUGGCCUUUGCUUCUUUUUUCGUACUGAUUUUAGCCCUACUACUCCACGUACUGACGUCCUCAUGCCCGAAGUUAAGUCUUAUGCCCCGCGUGAUGGCUCCAUGGUGAUUCCCUCGCCUCUCUGUUCUACGUCUGAACACUCGCUAUUUUGCAUCGGAAUGUGCUUUCCUUUGGAACAAUCUUUCAUAAGAACUUAGGUCGACACUUGAAUUAUCGGUACGCCAAUUGAGAUUACGUUAGCACCUUACACUGGAUUGUAUAAAAUUAUCACUGUCCGUCACAUCUCUCAACAUUCAAAUUUAUGACUUUCAAAAGCGCUGCCCUGGAGUUGAAGAGUAGAUUCUACACAUGAGGUCGAAAUUGUCAAAGCAGAAACAAUAAUUUCUUCCUGCUCCUCUCCUCCGCCUCAACCCACAGGCUGCUAGGAUGAAUCCACUCACCCCGGCAACCUGGAAUGUCCGCUACCUUUUAAAUAAUCCCGGGGCGAACCGACCGGAACGGUAGACGGCGCUAGUCGAUGGAGAACUGGCGGGCUAUAAUAUGGACAUGGAAGCACUCAGUAAGACCCUUUUCUCUGAACAAGGUCAACUGGAGGAAUUGGGUGCUAACUGCACCUUCCUCUGGAGCGGCUGCCUCAGGGCAGAACGACGAGACGCGGGCGUCGCCUUUGCCAUCCAGAACGAUACCGUCGUAUGACUGUCCUUUCUGCCGCAGGGCAUCAACGAACACCUAAUGAACCUUCGAUUGCCUCUCUGGGUGCAGGUAAAUUAACUACCAUCGUCAGCUUCUACGCCCCUCCCCCCCGACGACCAGCUCCGACGAGGCGAGGAACAAAUUCUAAGAUGACCUGCACGUCCUCCUGGCGACUUUGUCGGAAACUAAUAAGUUGAUUGUCCUCAGUGACUUCAACGCCCUCCCUGGCACAGACCAUGCUGCCUGGAGAGGGGUGUUGGGUCUUCAUGGUCUCAGUGGCCCUAACGACAGUGGCCUACUCCUAUUUCAAACCCGUACAGAGCAUUACUUCAUCCUGCCUAACACCCUUCCCCACCUUCCGACGCGGGAGACGACUUGGAUGCACCCUCGGUCCCAACACCGGCAUCAACCGGACUAUGUCCUCAUCCGGAGGCGAGACGAGCAGGACGCGCUGGUGACAAAGGCGAUCCUGGAUGGUAACGGGUAUGCCGAUAACCACAGAGGAAUUUCGGCACUCGACAUCGCCCGAAAGGUCUUUGUUUGCGUUCUUCUCAACUUCCCCAACGACCAUCUGGGGCAGAGACGUCUGCCAGAAAGCCAUCGCGGACUUUGCUGUCAUCGCAGAACCAUGGACAUGAUUUUCGUCGCCCGCCAACUACAGGAUAAAUAUCAGGAGUUGCGUAUUCAUCUCUACUCUAGUUUCAUGCAUCUGGAAAGAUCUUUUGACACUGUGAAUCGUAACUACUGUCCGUGAACUUCCCGUCGCCGACGACUCCGCUCCCAAUGCAUCUAUGGAAGCUGGCAUGAAAGGAAGCAUGGACCUUUUCGCCGCCGCCUGUGCCAACUAUGGCCUUAUCAUCAACACGAAGAAAACUGUGGUUUUGCAAUAACCUCUACCUAGGCUGCCUACACUGCACCUCACAUCAACGUGGACGGCGCCCGAUUGCAAGCCAUGGAUACCCUCACCCACCUCGGCAGCACCCUCUCUUGCAGCACCGAAAUCGAUAGCCAAGUGGCCCACCAAAUCUCCGAAGCCAGCCAAGCCUUCGGUCGUCUGUGGAACAUCGCCUGGAAUCUACACGGUCUCCACUUCAGGGUUAAACUCAAUAUGUGCAAAUCGGCUAUCCUGCGAUGCUGUUGUAUGGAGCGGAGACCUUAA